AUGGCGGUCGCGCCAAGCGUGUCUGUGUGGCAGACGUCGACACGCUGUCGGCAAGCGAGCCACUCGUCUCUCCGCGGCGACGCAGCAGCGUGGAGCAGGCGACGGAGAAGCGAGGCGUUGCGCCGCUUCGAACGCCAUGGGCCGCGUACCUCGAGCAGUCCGCCGAGGUGGCGCUGGCUGUCGAGAUGGCGCCGAGUUGGUCCUCGAGACGACCCACCGAGAUGGCACCCGCAGUCUCUGUCGAGGCGCCUACACCCACUCCUCUCAAGCGCGCCCUCGAGGAUGGACCCGACGCGUCAACGCCAACGUCCGUGCGUCGACACGGCACGACACUGCCAUCGACGCCGCCGACGCACGCCGCGCCGACGCCCAACGUGA